AUGAAACGCAUUAAUGGCGGAGGCUCGGUAGGUAAGAGAUUUGUUAAUGAAAAACAUUGGCCAAGUUAUCCUGGUGCAAAUCAGCAUUUAGAAAAACGUUUAUUGGAAUUUGUCGAAGAAGGGAUUAUGUUAACAAGACAAGAAGAAAUCAAGACAAUACUGGGGAAAGCUGGAACUCAUCUUCAAAGAUACGGGAAAAUAAUAUCAAUUAAUCAAUGUUAUAAAGAGAUGAAACCCGUAUAUUUCACGUCAAAAGAUCGAAUUCGGAGUAUAAUCAAUUUUAUUGGAGAUUUUAAAUUAAUCAAGCCAGAAGAAGCUGGAACUGAUACCAAAAUGAAUGAUGGUGCAGAAAAUCCAGUGACAACGAAACAGCAGCCAUCAGCUAGUGAUGGUGAACAAACAGAAGAAGAAGAUUUUGACGAGAGCGGUAUCGAUGAAAAGAGUGAAACAAUAAAAACAGAAAAAAUGGACGAAGAUGAGAACGAAGAUGUAAGAAAGGAAAACAAUGGUCAGCAAUUAUCAUCGAACAGUAAAAAAAGGCCAGAGAAGUCACGCACACUAAAAGAGCUACAAGACUCAUUAUCCAAAAAUUACCAAGUACUUGGGAAACGAAAACGUUGA